UGUCUUCUCCCUGGGUGAUGGAUAACCGUGCAGGAGAGCAGCGCUCCAAGUGGGUUUACCACAAAAGCCAGCACUCCUGCUUUGGAGCACGGGGUGCGCGCUCCUCUCCAGCUCAGCUUCUGCUCUUGCAGCCUGGCAUCCUCUCUACUGCCGCCUGCCUGCCCACCCGCCUGGGCUUGCAGCCUACCACUUCACUCUCCCCAAUUCUCCAGCCAGCUGAGGAGACUCCCCACAGCUGCUGGCUCCUGCCUGGGACCACGUGUGUGGAUGCUGCUUGAGAGACGCAAGGCACUUGCUCUUGGCGCUGGUCCCAGCUCAGUUUCUCCUGUUGACUUCUGGACCACAGAUGCUGCUGCUGAGGAGGUAUUUCUUGGCAUCUCUCCAUCUGCUUUCACCAGCUAAGGACUGGCCCUAAAUCAAGCAGGCAAGUGUCAGGAUGGGCCACGCUGCAAGAAGCCAACGCUAGGGCGCGAGGUGUGAAGAGUUGGCCAGAAUGACCAACUCCUCCUCCACUUCGACCUCCACCACCACCGGGGGAUCUCUGCUGCUGCUCUGCGAGGAAGAAGAAUCCUGGGCCGGCCGGCGGAUCCCGGUGUCUCUCCUGUACUCGGGGCUGGCCAUUGGGGGCACUCUGGCCAACGGUAUGGUCAUCUAUCUCGUGUCGUCCUUCCGAAAGCUGCAGACCACUAGCAACGCCUUCAUCGUGAAUGGCUGUGCGGCGGAUCUCAGCGUCUGCGCCCUCUGGAUGCCACAAGAGGCGGUGCUGGGGCUCCUGCCCGCCGGCUCCGCGGAGCCCCCGGGGGACUGGGACAGCGGCGGGGGCAGCUACCGCUUGCUCCGGGGCGGGCUCCUGGGCCUCGGGCUCACGGUGUCCCUUCUGUCCCACUGCCUCGUGGCGCUGAACCGCUACCUGCUCAUCACUAGGGCGCCUGCCACCUAUCAGGUGCUGUACCAGCGGCGCCACACGGUGGGCAUGCUGGCACUGUCCUGGGCGCUCGCCUUGGGUCUGGUGCUGUUGCUCCCACCCUGGGCUCCCAAGCCGGGAGCCGAGCCCCCGCAAGUUCAUUACCCCGCGCUCCUGGCAGCCGGAGCGCUGCUGGCGCAGACGGCCCUGCUGCUGCACUGCUACCUGGGCAUCGUGCGCCGCGUGCGCGUCAGCGUCAAGCGGGUCAGCGUGCUCAACUUCCACCUGCUGCACCAGCUGCCAGGCUGUGCUGCCGCUGCCGCCGCCUUCCCCGCCGCCCCACACGCGCCGGGUCCUGGAGGAGCCGCGCACCCUGCUCAGCCCCAGCCCCUGCCGGCCGCGCUGCAGCCUCGCCGGGCACAGCGGCGUCUCAGUGGCCUGUCGGUGCUGCUGCUCUGCUGUGUCUUCCUGCUGGCCACGCAGCCGCUGGUGUGGGUGAGCCUGGCCAGCGGCUUCUCCCUACCGGUGCCCUGGGGCGUGCAGGCGGCCAGCUGGCUCCUGUGCUGCGCCCUGUCGGCGCUCAACCCGCUGCUUUACACCUGGAGGAACGAGGAGUUCCGAAGAUCCGUGCGAUCUGUCCUGCCUGGCGUUGGGGACGCGGCUGCAGCCGCUGCGGCUGCCACCGCGGUACCAGCCAUGUCCCAGGCGCAGCUUGGCACUCGGGCGGCUGGCCAGCACUGGUAACCCACCUGGUCAGGAGGCGCUUCCUAUGACACCUGCCGCAUCGCCUCCUCCGUUUGUAAGCUAUCCCCAGCCCCAGGAAAGAUCCCCGCGGGGAAGAUUUUGCCUUCCUACCCAGUGAAGUACCUGAACCAAGGUCUUCUCUCUAAAUGGAAUCCAGAAGUAAUUGUGCACUGCCACCCAACUUUGACCCUUUGUUUCUAUGUUUUAGAGACGCCCUUACGUCCAAGGCACCCAGACUGCAAGGACUUGUAAACUGGCGUUUUAAAAGAACCAGUUAAUUUAUUUCAAGUUUGCUUUUUAAAAAGAGCUUUCAUAACAUACAACCCUUUCAACCUCCGUUGUCUUGUAUACGAAGCGCCUUGAGUGUGUGAGUGUGCAUGAGCCAAAGGGAAUACUAUCGAGGAAGAAACUGUGUAGACAAUAUUUUAACCACGCUUCCUUCCGUUCUAGUUUAGUCUUUGUAUAUUGACCUCAGAGUGAAACCACAGGUGUGUACACCGGGGUAAGUUGCCAUCGAAACCUCAAGCCCUUUAUUCUUAGAAGGGUUUUUCUUGGGUC